AUGAGUAUCGAAAGUGUGGACGGUCCAGGGCCGAGUCAGAGGAUCACGCACAAUGACGACUUGGAAAUGGUCUACUCCAGGCCCAGCGAGCAGGAGCUUUGCAACCCUGGCUCAUGCAACUUGGCCAACCAUGCUCUACGGCCGGAUCACCGCAAAUAUGGGCGCAGAGAGGGCAGUAACUCCUCAAACAUGUCCUCCCUGCCGCAAAACAUGAAAUCCAAGACGGCUCUGCAAUUUGGGCCAUGUCAGGCUUGUGGCUGUGACAUGGGACGGUUGCUGCAGCUGGCUGAAAGAAUUUUGCAGUUUGAUCUUCCCGGAGGUAUACCAUGGGAAGAUCACCUGGCCAGUGCUGCGGUACUGACUGCCCAUCAGAAGUCUGCAGCGAUGCGCAAGAUAAGUCAGUGGGCACUACGAGACUACGUGAUAAAGUUGAUGUUCCCGUCACUUGGGGCACUAGACAAGGACAUGCGGGAAGCUGCGAUCUCGUCUGAAAGGACACCUCGCCUGCGCGGUGGGUCCAUGCAGGAGAUGACCGUCACGCCACACCAGCAUGGUACCGGUACCGGGGACGAGCAUUUGAACAUGGAUCUGCUGGGUCUUAGAAGUAGAGACCAUCAGACAUGGGCGGGAAACCCGGUCAGGCCAAGGGAAAGAAUACGCGGUCAGCUACGCAAGCCCUGGACAGAUUCCGACGAGCGAUAUCUCAGACUGUCUAUGAGAAGAAAAAUCGGUUGGGCUCAAAUCGCACAACAGUUGAACCGCACUCCAGGUGCUGUCGAGCAGCAUUGGAGAUUGAUCAAUCAUGAUGACAAGACGCGCCGGCGCAGGUCCCGGGCUACGGCAACAUCUGCCUGA